AUGUCAUCUCAGUUAGACCUGCGUGUAGCUGUGGUAUGUUCAAACAACCAGAACCGGAGUAUGGAGGCACACAGCAUCCUCAGCAAACGGGGCUUCAGGGUCCAAUCGUUUGGAACAGGGUCCCACGUGAAGCUUCCAGGACCCACAUUCGACAAGCCAAACAUCUACGAUUUCAAAACCACUUAUGAGGAGAUGUACAACGAUCUGGUGAAGAAAGACAAGACGCUCUACACCCAGAAUGGAAUUUUACAUAUGCUGGACCGAAACAGGCGGCUCAAGCCAAAGCCAGAGAAGUUCCAGCACUGUGAGGAGACAUUCGAUGUGAUCCUCACUUGUGAGGAGAAAGUCUACGACCAAGUGGUGGAAUACCUCAGCGUCAGAGAGCAGCAGACGUACCAGCCGGUGCAUGUCAUCAACGUGGACAUCCAAGACAACUACGAAGAGGCCAUCAUCGGGGCGUUCCUCAUCUGUGAUCUCUGCCAGCGCCUUUCCCGCGCCAAAGACAUGGAGAACGAGAUGGAAGAACUGCUACAGGGAUUGGAGGAAAAGAGCGGCCGGGACUUCCUGCACACCGUCUGCUUCUACUGA